AUGACAUAUCCCAAGACAUUUCUAAACUGCGCAGGAAUUCUACCGGGCAACAUGGUAAAGCAAACUAUGUUUUGGGAAUCUGUUCGAUUAUUUAUGUUCCUCUAUACAUUGGCCUUGUUGAUCAUGUUAAAAAAGGAGUACCGCCAGCUAUCAUGUUAUAAGAUCAUGACGGCUCUGGGUUUUUACGAUAUGGCAGCCAUUGCUGUCAACUCGUUGGCAACAGGACUUCUAUGGUUGAAUGGCGCUUUCUACUGCACACGUCCAACCCUCAUCUAUGUGCUUGGUACGAUUGGACUAAGUAAGCUUUGCGGUACUUUCAUCUCUUCUCAGUUCGAAGCCAUUGCACGCGUGGUUGGUUGCUACCAAGCUGCUCCUUUAAUCAUUCUUUUUUUGGUAAAGUAAAG